AUGCCGCCGGACGUAUAUAAUUUGCUUCUAAAGUUGAUAUGGAAAUAUUUCAAAAAAAACCAAGGCAGCGGAUUUUACCCGAGGAAAGGCUCUCGUUGGUAUUACUCUAUUUGUCACAAGGCGUGUCGGUGGAGCUAUAAGUUGGGAAAGGCAACACUACGCGAAAUUAUAUUAGAGACGUGCGAAGUAAUCUGGCAGCUACUUUCCUCAGUUUAUGUAAGCGAGCCAACAGAGUCUCAAUACAAGGACAUUGCAAAAGAUUUUUGUAAUAUGUGGAACAUUCCGAAUUGUGUUGGUGCAAUUGAUGGUAAGCACGAUGCUAUUAAGUGCCCGGCCAAUUCCAAUUCGAUGUUUUACAAUUAUAAAAAAUCCUUUAGCACCGUUUUGAUGGCUGCAUGUGAUGCGAAAUAUACGUUUACAGCAGUUAGUAUUGGCAGCUAUGGAAGUCAAAGUGAUGGAGGAAUCUUUCGACUUACUCCAUUUGGCCACGCAUUAAUACAGAACACUCUGCCAUUGCCACCACCUGCGCCACUGUCUGACGUGUCACCGGAACCUUUUCCUUACUUUUUCGUUGGAGAUGCUGCAUUCCCAUUACGAAAUAAUUUAAUGCGCCCAUUUCCUGGGAAGAAUCUAACACACACGAAACGUAUUUUCAAUUAUCGAUUGUCACGCGCUCGUAGAGUCAUAGAAAAUUCCUUUGGUAUACUGACUGCUCGGUGGAGAAUUUUGAAAACAACGAUUCAAUGUAAUCCGGAAAAUUGUGAAAAAAUUGUGUUGGCUUGCAUAGCCUUACACAAUUUUAUAAUGUUGAACGAUCACAAUCGCUGGUAUUGUCCGGAGAACUAUGUAGAUCGAGUUGAAGGACAUAACAUUGUUCAUCCCGGUGAGUGGCGCCGCGAAAAUGAAGAAAACUCUUUACGACCAAUGCGAACUUCGGUGCGUAGAGGUCCUUCUACUGCGUUUAACUUACGCGAAAGACUUGCCAACUAUUUUAUAAAUGAAGGAUCUGUACCAUUUCAGAACAAUUUAGACUCUAUUAUAGGAGGACCAUAUGCUCCUGGAGGACCUUAUUAG